AUGGCUAGCCCUCCUACAACAAUCCCUUCAACAUGUUCACCCUCAAAUCAUGCCGCCUCGGUAAACGAGAUGGAUCAAACGCCCAGUUCCAGAUCGCAUGAUCAGAGAAAUUAUGUGAAGCCUUCUCCAUUGGUCUAUCUAUUCAAAGAAUCAAAAUUGAUUACAACCCAGCUCGAAACACCCAACAGCAACGAGCGGUCCACAGCAUUUUUAGCAAAGAAUCGAAUUGAAACGAUACAAGACGCUGUCGCAUCUCUGUUACCAACACCAGCAGAUUUGGAUAUUAUUUUGCAGUGGACAGAAAAGUACUGGCCUAUCUGGCCCCCUUGCCACUAUGGCCCGAAUCUCGAGGAUAUGCUUCAGCCAGGGAAACUGACAGAGGCUAAACAGUUCCUUGUACGAGAGCUGAAAUCUCGAAGUGCUGGGACUACCUCCAAGGCACUUCUUUGGCUUACGCUCUGUGUCCAGCAGCUUCCAAGAGCAGUCUUGGGCAAUGUCCAACUUCCCAUGCCCCAACCAGACCUUGUCAACGUAUACGUCAGCUUAGCAAAGUCUCUCCUGGAAAUCGACGAUGAUUCUGGUGGUAGCUUGGAUGGCGUCUCAUGCAUGAACAUGAAAUUCAAAGUAUACAUUAAUAUGGGAAAACCGCAACGUGCGUGGCACUGGACUCGGCAGGCGGUAUCCGCAUCUGUCAACCUUGGCCUGCACCGCGCAUCAUGGGAAACAAAUCCUUGUCAAGCACUUAACUGGAUGCUAGCUUGGACUCCAGAACGGUUCAUGGCGUUAAUAUUAGGACUUCCAUCUUCAGUUUCAUCGUCACAUCCUGGAGUCUCGCUGGAGGCCAACGGUGCUACACCGCUGGAUAGAAUCCGCUGGGUUGUUGCCACCGUCGGAGGGAAAGUAAUUGAUCGCGAUCAGAAUUCAGAGAAGGAGCAGUAUGCCACAACUGUUCAGAUAAGCCAAGAACUGGAAGAAGGUCGAGACGAGAUGCCCGAAGAAUGGUGGCAAGCUCGUCCUGCAGAUCUUCCUCUCGCUGAGUACUUUCUACGACAAAGCUCCAAGACCCUAUACUUCAUAACAUUAAAGCUACUCCAUUUACCAUAUAUGCUUCGGUCCAUCAAGGAGAAGAAGUACAGACAUAGCUGGGAUACCGCAAUGGAGGCCGCACGCGGCAUUGCCACUUCGUACAUCGAAUUCCGCGCAGCGCCAUAUGCAGACUCAGAUUUAUGCCAGCUCAUGGAUUUCCAAGCAUUUAGUGGGGCCAUCGUUCUUGUUAUCGGCCAUUUGCUGUGCCCGGAAAGGACAGAUGAAGGCACCCGGUCCAGCGAUUGGGUAUUGAUUGAGGACGUUGGCCUGGCUCUUCGACGGACCGCGAUUACCAUGGAUUGUCCAGUUGCCACACAAGCAGCACAAACGCUAGAAGUUUUGAACUCGGCACGAAAGGGGGGCUACGUGAGUCCAGAGGAUUACAAUGUGGUCAUACCGUACUUUGGCCAAGUUCGAAUAAACCAAAAGAUGGCAACUGGCUACCAAGACAAUGGCACUGGUCAAAAUACAGCGGUUCCAAACUGUAUAGAGUUUAGCAUGAACGAGUUUAUUAGCAAUUAUCCCCUGCAGCCUGACUUUGACUUGGAGCUGGAAGCAGACUGGGCGGAUCCGGCACUAUUUGAUCUCAAUGUCAACUGGGCCGAGAUAUACACCAACACGUGCUAA